AUGGUUAUUUUUGGCAAAGAAUGGAAACAGUUGUCUUUUGAUGAAUUCGACGCGUUUAUUGGAAUGUUAUUAUUCAACGGCGUUGCUCAUGACAAUAAAAAGAGUUUGAAUUAUAUGUAUGGUCUAUAUGGAAAUCCAUUUUAUCGUUCAGUAUUCAGUGAACACAGAUUUAAACAAAUUCUGAGGGUAAUUAGAUUUGAUAAAAACGCAAAGAACAGAUUCCUUUUAAGAAUAAAACAAAAAGAAACUGAUUCAUCUUUGAAGACAUCGAUAAGCAAAAAGUUGACUGAAAUUAAGAAGUCAAAAUUGGGGAAAUCGUUAUAUUCGCACGUUUCACAAUUUUAUUCUGAGAGAGAGAAAGAGUCAUUAAUUUUGGAAGUCGAUGACAGUUCGAGCGCAAGUUCAACAGAUGAUGAUAGUGAUAAAGAUGAUGAUAACGGAAAUGACACAGACAGUGGUGAUUACACUGAAAACGGUGAAGUGGAUAAAAGUGAAAAGUGUAAAAAUGAUGGCGAACUUUGUGAAGUCAACGACAAAGAAAAAGAAGACAGCAAAGACAAUAUAGGAAACAAAAAAUUCAACUUGGAUGAAACUGAAAAUGAGUUAAAGAGUUCAUCAACAGUUGCUCUUAAAGAAAUGGUUAUGCUUGAAGAUAAAACGGGAUUUGACAAAUUCAGAGACAUAUUCAACUUCUUUUUAAAAUCUAUUGGCAACGUUUACAAUAACAAACAAAUAUCAGGAAGUAUAUGUAUAGAUGAACAGUUGGUUAAUUACUAUGGAAAUUGCAAGUUUAGACAAUACAUGCCAUCGAAACCUGGCAAAUAUGGCAUAAAACUAUGGCUUAUGGUCGAUAAUGUUACUGGUAUGAUAGUAAACGCCAAACCGUUUUUAGGCAAGUAUGGUGAAAGUGAAAAAAAUGGAAUAACUAAAAUAGUUGAAACAUGGGUAUCUCCUUAUUUAGGAAACUACUUUACGUUAUACUCGAUAAUUUGUUUACUACACUUGAAUUGGCAUUAA